CUUGACGUGGUCUUUGACCAUAUUGGUCAUUUCAUGAAUUGCAAAACAUUGUUGUUCAUUUAUAGAAAUUAAAAGGGGAUUUCAUGAUAUGACUAAAUAAGAUCAAACCGUGUGAGCAGACUAAAGGUCCGAGCCGGUUCCCGCUACAUAGACCGGGGAGGUCAGGUAGCCAGGAUUCAGGAAGUAAUGAAACAUCCCUAUUGGAGCAUCAGAAAGAAUCCAGACUUCGACAUCGGCUUGCUGCUGUUGGACAGGAAUAUCAAGUUUUCAGAUAAAACACACGCGGUAGAUCUUCCAAAUAUUGCCAUGUACCCGCCUUUUGAAGACGCCUGGGUGACGAGUUGGGGCGCAGAAAGACGUGAUGGAGUAUUCGAGAACAAGGGCAUGGCCCUCCAAGUGUACCACGCUCGUUUGAUGGACCAAGACAAAUGCAACAAUGUAACGCAGAGAUUUGGUGUGGCCGUAUCGAAUAAUUUCAUUUGCCUGUCCCAAAUGGGCAGAAGGGCGCCUUGUACUCGUGAUACUGGAGCACCUGCAGUAAGCGAUGGUAUACUCUGGGGGCUGGCUUCCUGGGGUCUUCGAAAGUUAUGCGGCACAGAAAGGUACCCCGCAAUGUUCUCCUACCUCGGAUCAAGAUCUAAUUUGGACUUUAUAACGAAUGCAACACACUACCUUAUGUCUGACAAACGACAUUAUGCGUUCAUGGAUAAAUUUGUGUUAAAUAAGGCCGAUACAACAGAGGCACCUACGACUAGCCAUUUAGAAUAUUAAAAACAAACUA